AUCAACCAAACAAAGUAAUCAUCCUAUUCCUAAGUAUCAUCAUAACAUUACUGCACAAAUGAAACCUGCAUAGUAAAUAAAAAACAUGCUCUUUAAUUUUCUUCUUCCUAUUCCUCAAAUCUCAAAUACAGAGUUCUUUGUCUGUCCGUAUUGUAUUGAUUGAUUAUUAGGGUUUAAAUUGUGUAGCUGAAGAUGAUUUAUACUGCGAUCGAUACCUUCUAUCUCACCCAUGAUCAACUCCAGAAUUCUCCAUCCAGAAAAGAUAAUAUAGAUGAACCCACCGAAACUACUCUCAGAAUCUAUGGCUGCGAUCUCAUUCAAGAAAGCGGCAUUUUGCUGCGAUUGCCCCAAGCUGUAAUGGCGACUGCCCAGGUUUUGUUCCAUCGUUUUUAUUGCAAGAAGUCUUUUGCUCGCUUCAAUGUCAAGAAAGUUGCAGCUAGUUGUGUGUGGCUUGCUGCAAAACUAGAGGAGUGCCCAAGAAAAGCCAGACAGGUUAUAAUUGUUUUCCACAGAAUGGAAUGUAGGAGGGAGAAUUUACCCAUAGAGCAUUUGGACCCUUUUUCUAAGAAAUACUCCGAUUUAAAGAUGGAGCUGAGUAGAACAGAAAGACAUAUCUUGAAAGAGAUGGGCUUCAUUUGCCAUGUUGAACAUCCUCAUAAGUUCAUAUCAAAUUACCUAGCUACGCUUGAAACACCUCCAGAGUUGACACAAGAAGCAUGGAAUCUGGCAAAUGACAGCUUACGUACUACCUUAUGCGUUCGAUUUAAGAGCGAGGUAGUAGCUUGUGGGGUAGUAUAUGCGGCUGCUCGUAGGUUUCAAGUGUCCCUUCCUGAGAAUCCACCAUGGUGGAAGGCAUUUGAUGCAGAAAAAUCAGGGAUUGAUGAAGUUUGCAAGGUUCUUGCUCACCUCUACAGCCUUCCCAAGGCACAGUACUUACCAGUGUGCAAGGAUGGUGAUUCAUUUACAUUUUCUAACAAGUCAUGGGAUUCUCAUUCUCAGCCUCUUCCGAAGGUUGUUCCAAAGAGUAGUCCAUCAGUUGAUGGUGAUACUGUCUCCAAGGCUCCUCCAUCAGUAUCCAGUGACAAGAUAACAGACUCGAAUAAGAAUGUGACUGCUGAAGGAGAGACAGGAGAGGAAUUGAUGCACAAAUCCAAGCCCGAGCGUAGAACAGAUGUCAGUGGAGAUAGGAGCAAGGAAAGAGAAAGAGAUAGGGAAAGAGAGAGGGAUAGGAUAAGGUCUCGGGAUCGUGAUAGGGGCAGGGAUUCUGACCGAGAAAGAGAUAGAGAGGAGCCCGAAAGGGACAGAGAUAAGGCUAGGGAACGACGCCAUCGUUCCAAGGAUAGAGCUUCAGGUGGAGGGCCUUCAGAUAAAUCAAGACAUCACUCAUCAAGAGGUUCUUAUCCCUCAAGAGAGAAGGAUCGAUAUAGACACCAUUAAUAUGCUUGAACCAGUUUUCAAAGCUUGUAUGGCAUGUUCUGGUGUUUAUUCCUUUCAUAUACAGACUAUUAUGUUCCUUGAAUAAUCAAGAGCGAUGUAGCCAAGCACCUGGUUAGCGACCAUCGGACCCAUCGGACC